AUGCACUAUGCGUUUCACUCAUUUACCUAUAGCAUGAAAUCUCAACAUAUCCAGUUCUUCUCUCAUCCUAAUACCCAGGUUACCCUAUUUUUAUAUGCGCCCGACGGCCUUCACAAGAACUUGGAGAAAACUGUGCGCUUCUUGACUGGGCUCAUUACUCCCAGUCCACCUCUUCAGAUCGAUGAACAUGAUGAGGGCUUCCGGGAAAGGGUCAGCCUAGGCGAAUGCUGCUCCCCUCAUGUCCUGACUCUAGACGUCGAUCCUACACACUUCAGUGAAGAAUUGUUUACUGUCUCUGCAACAGCCUUCCUCUAUAACCGGGGAUUCCUCGUUCGGCAACUUAAGAGUUCAGUCAUUGAUCAUAUGUUUCAGGAAAUAGUCGACCCAGCUGCUUUGGUCAACAAUUCUGUGGUAGCUCCACUGGUACCGAUGUCAAAGUUCAAUCUUACUGGUUUGCUGUUGUCUCGGUUACAUAGUCUGAGAAUUUAUGUUGACAAGAUCAACAUUCCUCGAGGGGAGCUUUCUGUGAAAGAGGUAAAGGAACCAAAUAAUGAGAGGCUUCACAGUGAUCGAAAGUCUCCUCAAGACCAGGGGACCAUUUCAAUACUACUGAUGUCAUGGAUUGAACAAUGCAAGCAAAGUAUACGAUCACAUCACGCGGCACUAUUAGAGUCAGACAACAUAAACUACUCGGGGUUUGCGCCACCUAGAGUUACGCGGCUCCUCAUUUCAACGGUCAUCAUAAUUGAGAACCUUGUUGCCAUACUGCAGGCGAAUAAGGCCCCGGAUGUCCUUCUUGUCCACACAUUACGCCAUAGUAGGCAACAGACAUUGUGGCUUCACGAGCUCUACGCUUGGCUGAUAUGCUCCCUGAUGGUAACUCCAUUUGAACGAAAGCCAAUGAAUUCUCCGUCACGUCACUGCGCGCUGGGUGUGGCAUGUAUGGCCUUUCUCAUGGUGCAUUGCAUAGGAUUCAACAUAUCAGCACUUUUGGGGAUGGUUCUUGUUGUUCUUGGCCUUUGGCUCCUUGCUGCGAAUCUAAAAGCGAAACCACGAGGAACAGUCAAUCCACAGGCGUGCCUCCAGUCCCGCAACAGUCCAAAAGUAAUAUCUAGGCCGAUUCGAUACAAUGGCUGGCUCAAAAUCAGGCGAAUUGUCGCAAACAACCAUCCCAACGUGUACUUCAAAGUCAAUGGCAGGCCGGUCCGAGUUGCGUGGACAGAGCCUAUUUAUGGGACUGACGGAACAUAUAAUGCCGUGUUGCUAGUUCCAGCAGAAUCGAAGAUGGAGACGAUCGAUGUUCAAGGACCGUAUAAUAUGCCUAUGAGCCCAUAUGUUCACGGACCAGCGCAGCUCGACAUAAUUGCAACAGAUAGUGGCAUUCUUGAAGCCUAUUCCUGCUUUCGUUGGAGGCAAAGGGUUUUGACCCCAAAAACAAGUACCACUAAUCUCAUCUGGUUCAGCGCUGAUCUAGAGUUUGUGACACUCAUGCUAGAGCAUUUUCGCGUAAUGUCGUGCUCCGCCUUAAUUUCUGUUGUCUACUUUGUAGACCCACUGAAUCACAUCAGCGAAGAUGAGGCUCGUGCUGAGAGGAAUGAGGCUGAACGUAUUGUUGGCGACAUUAGUAUGGCUAAUUUAGAGUUCAAUGCUGAGGUGAUAACUUUAAGCGAACUUUUGAAAGAUACGAUGAGUUACAGCAGCGAACAGUACUUCGUUGGUGAAAAUCUGCGAUCAUACAUUGAGAAACCAAGCUGUCUUGACACUCAAAUUGAGGCUCUUGAAAGCAUCAGAGCCACGGGACUCUGA